GUUCACCGGGCGACGCUUCACACGUACCGGUAGCUUCACGGGCGAGGUGUCAGCGCCGGAUGAGCAGCGCGGACCUGUCGACUUGUUGCCGGGUAACGGUUUAAAUUUGACCGGGGAGUGUUCGCCGACAAUGCUGAGCGGUAAAAUCUGAUGAAGUUCACCCGAGAUAUCCGCCGGCUGCUGGGCUUAGGAGGCGAUGGGCCAGGUGAGGAGGAGAUGGAGGUUCAGGAUGGUGCUUCUGACCCGACAGACAAAAGCACAGGCCAAGGCUCAUCGCAGGCCACGCUGAACAGCGAGGAGGGUCUGGAUGAUGAGGAGAGAGCGAGGAGGAGAGCUGAGAGGAGGAGAGCUAAAAGGAAAAGGCAGAAGGAACGGAAGAAGCUGGAGAGAGAGGAGAGGAUGGAGGAUGCUUCAGAGCAGGAAGAAGCAGCAGCUGGAGCGGCGUCAGAGACUGACAGUGAGGAGGAACUGACACAGGAGGAGCAAUGGACUGCGGUUCGUCCCAGAAACAAAUGCAGCCCUCAGUCAGUCCCUGCCCUCAAGACCGCAGAGAACCAGAGCAAUCACCAUUUCCCCCACAGGACCUCAGAGGAGGAGCAGUGGGAUGUCAGCAGUGCCUUUGUGGCGAACGCGGCCCGACACAUCAAACUGAGAGGCCCGAAGAACAGAGCAAUACAGAUCACCAGAGAGAACAAGGAGAACGAGGCCAGGAGCAGCCGGGGAGAGAACAAUGAAGAAAUGAAGAGGAGGGGGGAGGUUCUGACAGAGCAGGGCAUUCAGAUGUUCGGACAAGGCCGGUUCAGCCAGGCAGUGGACGUGUUUACAGAAGCCAUCCACUGUGACCCCAAGGACCACAGGUUCUACGGAAAUCGGUCCCACUGUUACUGGUGUCUGGAGCAGUACUCCUCUGCCCUAACAGACGCUCAGAGGUCCAUUGAGCUGGCUCCUGAUUGGCCGAAGGGAUACUUCCGUAAGGGGUGCGCUCUGAUGGGGUUAAAGCGCUACAGUGAGGCAGAGAAGGCGAUGGAGCAGGUGUUGGAGCUGGAUCCCCACAUUAAGGAAGCAUCCAAUAAGCUCGUUACCUGCCGCAUUCUGCAGCUCAGGGAGAUGGGUUUUCAGGAAGAGCAGAGUAAAGAGCUGCUGGAGAAGUUCACCACUGUUGAGGCGGUCCUCACGUCCUCUGAGGCCAAAGCGCUGAAGCACACGUCUCUGCAGGACCAGAGUGGGAGUUGUCGCUCUCUGUGGGUUGGGAACAUAACCUUGGAAGUCACAGAGAAAGACCUCUGGGAUCUCUUCAGAAUGUUUGGUGAGAUAGAGAGCAUCAGAGUCCUUCACGAGCGCUUCUGUGCCUUUGUCAACUUCAGGAACGCCAAUAUGGCCGCCAGUGCCCUGGAGAGGCUGCAGGAGGUGGAGCUGGGGGGCAGCAAGCUGGUGAUGAGGUACCCAGACCGUUGGAUCCAGCGGACCCUGCCCUCCAUACAAAGGACCAACACCUGCCUCAGCUCCAACACUGGAGGAACACAGCAGAGCGUCGCUUCCACGGGGACCAGACAGAGGGCGCCGGUGCACGGAGUCGGGUGCCUCUAUUGGCGGACCACAGGCUGUUCAUAUGGCGACAAGUGCCGCUUCAAACACAUACCAGACCAGCAAGGUCGAAACAUCAAACCAUGGCAGCCCUAACUGGUUCCGUUCCCUGCUCAACUCCUGCAUCAAAACACGUUAACGAAUGGUGUUGGUGUGGAGGAGGAGGAACACUAAGGACAUCGAGUAACGUGGAGGACAGAGGACGAGAUGCUCUGCCUGAGAAUCCUGACAUGUGAUAGCUAAAGUCAGAGGUUUUGACUCUGUGGGAAGUUUCACUGAGGCGUCUGAUCCCUGAAAAACACUGAUGGACUCCUGUUUCCCGCUCUGUGGGAAGUGGAUUUACUGGGACAAAUAUCCUGAACUUCACUGCCUUAAAAUGGAGUUUUUAUUUUUUUGUUAAAUACAAAACCAAACUAAUAAACAAAUAAACACUGA